AUGGAUCACCCACGAUCAUCCUCGGCCAAUGGUGAGGAGAAUGGUGGUGGGAUUCCUGAUGACUUGCGCUGCAAGAGGUCAGAUGGGAAACAGUGGAGAUGCACUGCCAUGUCUAUGCCGGAUAAAACUGUUUGUGAGAAACAUUAUAUCCAGGCGAAGAAGCGGGCAGCUAAUUCUGCGUUAAGAGCCAGUCUAAAGAAAGCCAAAAGGAAAUCGAUUGGUGAAAGCGAUAUUUACUUGGAGAGUAAAAGUGAUGAUUUUGAUAUACCACUCGUGAAUCUGAAAGUUGAGGAGGACCAGCCGAUAUCUGUCCCAUCAAAGAGGUACAAGGACAAAGUAACAAAAAGUCAGUCUCGCUAUUCUCCUGAAACACCUAUAAGGAGCUUGUCUGGUCGAAAUUCUCUAAAAGUAAAAGAGGAUUCCCAAAGAGAAUUCGAGUUUGAAGAGAACUGGAGGUCAUACAAGACGCCACCUCUUUCAACAAUGGGUUCAUCCAGGAGUAGAUCACAAAGGAGCUUUGAUGCCAGUGCUAUGACGGAAUACUCAGAUGCAAGCACAGACGCUUCUGAAGGCAUUGGCGGGCAAACUUGUCAUCAGUGCCGAAGGAAUGACAGAAGUAGAGUUACUUGGUGUCUCAAAUGUGACAAGAGAGGUUUUUGUGAUAGCUGCAUCUCCGAAUGGUACUCAGACAUUCCAUUGGAAGAAAUUGAGAAGGUUUGUCCUGCAUGUCGUGGGAUCUGCAAUUGCAGGGGUUGCUUACGAGGAGAUAAUAUGGUAAAGGUAAGAAUACGGGAAAUACCUGUUCUAGAUAAGUUGCAAUAUCUCCACUGCCUAUUAUCUUCAGUGCUUCCUAUAGUUAAGCAGAUCCAUCGUGAACAAUGCUUUGAAGUAGAGCUUGAACAAAGGCUGCGUGGAACUGAUAUAGAUCUUGUCCGGGCCAAAUUGAAUGCAGAUGAUCUGAUGUGCUGCAAUAUUUGUAGGAUACCCAUUAUUGAUUAUCAUCGGCAUUGUGCAAAUUGCUCGUAUGAUCUGUGCCUUCAUUGCUGUCAAGAUCUUCGAGGAGCAUUGGAACAUGGUGUUGAAACUGAAGUGGAUGAAAAUCUGAUUGAUGGGAGAAGUCAAGACAAUGAGACUCCAUCAGAACUAGUAAGAGAAUCCCGAGCAAGAUUAAAUUUAUCAGAUAAGUACCAAGGCUGGAAGGCAAACAAUGAUGGUAGUAUUCCAUGCCCUCCGAAGGAGCAUGGUGGUUGUAAUUACUCAUCAUUGAACCUAAGCCGUAUUUUCAAGAUGAAUUGGGUAGCAAAACUUGUGAAAAAUGUGGAGGAAAUGGUCACUGGCUGUAAUACCUAUGGUUCUGGCACUCUGCAGAAAUCUGGGUUGAAUGAUUCCACUCUCUGCCAGUAUGCUCACAGAGAGGACAGUGAUGAUAAUUUCUUAUAUUGCCCUUUAUCUGAAGAUGUAAAAACUGAUGGGAUAAACAAGUUUAGAAAACACUGGGUCAGGGGCGAACCUGUUAUUGUGAAGCAGGUAUUUGACAGCUCAUCCAUAUCAAGCUGGGAUCCAAUGGCUAUAUGGAGGGGGAUCCGGGAAACAUCAGAUGAGAAAACAAAAGAUGUAAACAGAAUGGUGAAGGCCAUAGAUUGCUUACACUGGUCUGAGGUUGAUAUUGAUCUUGAUCAGUUUAUCAGAGGAUAUUCAGAGGGACGAAUCCGGAAAAAUGGUUCCCCAGAGAUGUUGAAGUUGAAGGAUUGGCCUUCCCCAAGUGCUUCUGAAGAGUUCUUAUUAUACCAGAGACCUGAAUUUAUCAGUAAACUGCCUUUUGUUGAAUUUAUCCAUUCAAGGCUGGGUAUUUUAAAUGUUGCUGCAAAAUUGCCUCAUUACUCUCUCCAGAAUGAUGUAGGACCUAAGAUUUGUAUAUCUUAUGGGAGCCAUGAGGAACUAGGUGUGGGUGAUUCUGUAAUCAAUCUUCAUUUCAAAACACGUGACAUGGUGUAUCUAUUGGUGCAUACAUGUGAAGCAAAGACAAAAGGUAGCCAGGAGAAUGGGUCACUUGACUCAGAAAAAAGCUUGGAUGAGGGAAGGUGGCCUGAUAUAUCACUUGAUGGGCAUGAUAUACAAGAUGAAGUGAGGACAGCUGCAGAUAAGGAUGAGAAAACGGAGCAUCAAGAGUUUGAUAAUACCACUAGUAUUGAAGAGAUUGAGAGAAUUGAAGAUCAAGGAGCCGAAAGAACUGCAGGUGUUCAAGAGGUUGAAAGAAUGGAAACCACCAGAGUGGAAGAGGUAGAGGGAAUGGAGGAUCAGCAGUUUAAGCAAGAGAGUGAAGAUAUCCCUGUAGAGAUUCAUCCAGGGGUUAAUUGGGAUGUCUUUCGUCGGCAGGAUGUUCCUAAGCUAAUUGAUUAUUUGCGAACAUGCUGUAAGGACCUUUGGAAGCCAGACAACAUAGUGGACGAUUUUGUCACAUGCCCCCUUUAUGAUGGAACAGUUUUCCUAAAUUCGUUUCAUAAGAGACGAUUGAAAGAAGAAUUUGGAGUUGAGCCAUGGUCAUUUCAACAACGUUUGGGGCAAGCUGUCUUCGUCCCAGCUGGAUGCCCCUUCCAAGUGAGGAAUCUUCAGUCCAAUGUCCAGUUGGGCCUUGAUUUCUUAUCUCCUGAAAGUUUGGGGGUGGCUGCUAGAUUGGCAGAAGAAAUUCGCUGUCUUCCAAACGAUCAUGAAGCAAAACUUCAAGUUUUGGAGGUGGGUAAGAUGUCGCUUUAUGCUGCUAGUUCAGCCAUUAAAGAAGUCCAGAAAUUGGUGCUUGAUCCGAAACUUGGUGCUGAAAUUGGAUUCGAGGAUCCUCAUUUAACUGCAGCAGUUUCUGAGAACUUGGAGAAAGCUAAGCAAAGACAGAUAAGUUGUGCUUAA